AUGGAGCCUCUACGCAGUCGGGACUCGAGCGAACCGCCAGUCGACCCUGCGCAUCCUUUCAAGGGAGUCGUCGUGUGCUGCACUAGCAUCCCGCCAGACCAACGAACCCAGAUAGCAAAGAAGACGGAGGAACUCGGCGGCAUUCACAAGUACGACCUAACCCCCGACGUAACACAUCUUGUCGUAGGCGAUUAUGACACACCCAAGUACCGCCAUGUCGCCAAAGAACGAAACGAUAUCAAGGCUAUGGACGCCAAGUGGAUCGAUGUCGUUGGGGAGCUGUGGAUGAAGGAUGCCGACAUUGACUUUGCCGCUCUGGAACGAGAGUGGCAGCUGAAGCCACUCGAGACGUGCAGCGAUGUCACUGAUCUGGAGAACCAUACCGAAGCCAAGCGUGGGGCCCUGCUGCUUUGCAUGACGGGAUUCGAUGAUCCCGAGCAGCGCGCAAGCAUCAUUGACAAGAUCACCGCCAACGGUGGCGCUUACACUGGCGACCUAACGAAACGAGUCUCCCAUUUGCUAGUCCACAAACCCGAGGGAAAGAAAUACAAGGCCGCUCGGGCGUGGAACAUUCGCACCGUGUCGCUGGCAUGGCUGGAGCAGAGCAUCGAACGCGGCAUGAUCUUGGACGAGCAGUGUUUCGACCCGGCCCUGCCCCCCGAGGAGCAGGGCCAGGGCGCGUGGAACAAGGCCAACCAUCGGAGGGAACCAUUGGGGAAGAGAUCGAGAUCGGGGGUCGUGGAGGGGGGCCAGCGGAAGCUGAGGAAAACGGCGAGCAUGAAGCUUAGCAGCCAGAGAGACACGCUCUGGGGUGACAUCCUCGGCAGCAAGCCCACCGGCGAGGCCUCCGCGCCCGGGGACAGGGCCGAUAGGAUCGAGGUUCAGGAUUCUGGCGUCCACGACCGCAUGUUGCAGCCCCCCCCGGACGCGGGCAUCUUUUCGGCGUGCUACUUCUUCAUGGCCGGUUUCGAGUCGUGGAAAUCGAAGAUCCUGGCCGAGACGAUCGGCUCUCUUGGCGGCCACGUGUGUGCCACUUUCGAAGACGUCGCCUCCAGGGGGUACGAGGCCAGCCCGAGUCGCAGGUUCCUCAUCGUACCGCAAGAGUCGCAGCCAUCGACACACUUCCAGAUCCCCCUUGCGCAUACCGACAAGAUUCAGAUAGUGACCGAGUUCUUUGUCGAGAGAUGUUUACACAGCAAAGCCCUGUGCGACCCAGAUAGCCACGUAUUGGGUCGGCCCUUCCCAGUGUUCCCCAUCCGUGGCUUCGAAGGCCUCUCCAUCUGCACGUCAGGUUUCUCCGGCAUCGAUCUUCUCCACGUGGAGAAGGCCGUGAGGCAGAUUGGUGCCAAGUUCGCGGCGAGGCUCAACGACGCCACCUCGGUACUGGUGUGCAGGGCGCUCGCGGAUACGAGGAAAGAGAAGCUCAAGUUCGCGUUAGACAACAGCAUCCCCAUCGUCCACUCGGAGUGGCUGUGGGAGUGCAUAGCGACGGGCUACAACGUACCGGUGAAGACGCACAUGUUUCCUGCGCUGAAUCAGGCGGCUGAUCUCCAACCCAAGACGAGGGUUUCGGAGUCCCGGGACGAUAUGAAACUGGCCUUUCAGAGGACUCUGUCCGAGCCAGUCCCUCACAUUCCAAAGAAGGCAGCAGCCAGGCACUCAACCGUCGCCGGGGGCAUCGACACAACGGCCUUCAAAGACGACAACGAUGGCCAGAGGGCCGUGCCAGCUAUAAGCAAGAAUCCAGUCGCGCCCUUGGUAGGGCCAGACAGAGAAUUCACAAAGAUGGACUCGGCCGCAUCUCUGCAAUUUCAGACCGCCAAAACACACCAGAUGGACAGCUUCGGUGCGGGGACGGUGGCGCCGCCACUGUCGAGCGCGACUUCAAACGCGCUUAAUAGGUCAUCCACGAGCGAGUCGACGGCGAAACCCGCAAGGACGCUGGCCAGGACCGCGAGCGUUGCCGACAGCAUGGAGCCGACGCCUAUCUCUAUUGAUGUGGAGCCGGCCCCCAUCCAAGACCGGAGCGAACCGGCGCCGGCCGCCAACGAAAUCCAAACCGGGACAAGACCGGUCGAGGAUGAAGAGGCGGAGCUGAAGCGUCAGAGGGACGCGCAGAAGGCGGCCGAGAAGGAGGUCUUGACGUCGAAGCUGGCGUCCCUCAUCGACUCGAAACGCAGCGUCGAAAGCAUACCUGAGGAAGAAAGCUCGGGCCAGCAGCAGCCGAGACGCCCCCGCAAGCGUCCGUUCGGGCGGGCAAUCAGCAACGCGUCGGCGGCCUCGAGCGGGAGCGCCGAGUCUCGCAUGGACUCAAUGGGCCGCACGGCGGACGAGCACCAGCCGCCACCAUCGACGCAGAUCCAGUACCAGGACCCGGAUGCCCAGCAACACCGGGACAAGAUCAUGAGCAAGAUGCGUGGCGGGGACAGCAAUCCCUCCGCCGUCGGUCAGGGGGCGGCGGCAGCGACCAAAAAGAAGAUCACGACGAUUGGUGGUUUCGACUUUAGUGACGAGGGGAGGCCGAACACUAGGCAACUCCGGCGCAAGUAG